AUGCCUUCAUCUCAAAAUCACGAAACCCUCAACAUCAGGGCGCUGAGGAAAAUCAUUGACCAAGAGAUCAGCAAGGGGAUACAGUGCAUCAAACAAUCAGCUGCAACGCGGAUGAGUCUGUCGGACACCGCCAUUUCUAUGGUACUGGGCCUCGACGUCCAAAUUCUGACACCGUACUGCGACGAGGCCAUGGGACGAGGAAUGCUCGAGCUCGCCAAAACGACGCCGGUCCUCCUCACCUACGCGGCCGGGCAGGAACGCCAGGAAGCUCUGCAGGCAAUCUGGCAGCUCCAAACGCGAGCCCAAGACGUCUCGGACCCGAUCGCCAGAUCUUUCCGCGAACAGCCCGCCACCAUCCAGAAGCACUUCUUGACGACCAAGGUGAAAGAAAUGCCGUUUGGACCUCGUGGGUACGCCAUGGUGGACUACAUCCCUUGUGCCGUGGUGCCCCUGGUCGAUUACUGGCCUGACUUCGUCCGCGAGGCUUUCGCGUCGGGGGUGUGGCGAUUCGCGACCGGCGACGCCGACGGCUGCGGCGGGGUGGUCCUCGAGAUCAUGGAGGGGCGGCUGGAUCUCAUCGAGUGGCUUGUCGAGAUGGAGGAGAAGCGGAAGCUGGUGUUGGAGGACUCGGUGGCUGGACCUCUGGACCGGAUAAGAGGAGACGUCUGGCCGAUUGCGAGUACAUCUCUUGAGCGGAGUUAUCUGACGGAGAUGUCAAAGGAGUGUGUGAUGACGGAAGCAGCACAGAUGAUGAGAGUGUUGGAGAUUUGA